AUGCAGUGUGAUGGCAUGUCUUGGCUGCUUCUAGGAUUACAUAUUUCCCAACUGGCCCUUGUCCACAAUUUGAGCCCGGGUGCCAUCGGUGCUGAGGAGCAGGCGGGGGCCCUUGGAAGGUGGGACACCUCAAGAGACUUGCCCUGGGCAGUCCGGCACGCUUCCAUUCCUACCUCUCGCGCUAGCAACGCUAGAAGCUCUCGCACGUCGCCCCAGGGCUCCGCCAGCGCGCUAACACGCACCCGACCUGAACUGGAAACAACCAAAGGAACGUUCCGACCUGAGCUUCAACCCUCUUCCUCUCUCAUCGUCACCUCGCCUUGGCCAUUUAUGAACGACAUAGUAAGACAGUAA